UAACAACUUUCUGCUGAUGGAGAGUCACUGAGGACAGGGCUUUCUCACUCUUUCAUUAUCUCCGCUCAGAAGCCUGCUUUUUUAUUUUCUAACCUCUAAAGAGAAGCAACAGUAGAGCUGAAGUCAGAGGCCAUGUCUGCGGAGAAGAAGACAAAAAAGAAAAAGGAGGAGACAAAUGGCACAACAGAAGCCAAGCUGAAUGCAAAAGAGGCCAAGCCCAAAAAAACAAAGACCAAGAAAAGUGAAGAUCUAUCCGAAGAUGAGAGUCCUGCCAUACAAAAUGGAAAGAAGGUGAAGAAAAAGAAACCAGAAAAAGAUAAAGAAGAACCUGAGAAGGAAAAAGAAAAGGAGAAAGAGCCAAAAAAGAAAACCAAAAGUGCUCCAAAAAAGAAGAAAGAUUCAGGCUCAGAUAACGAUGAUGAUGACGAUGAUGAAGACACCCCCAAAAAGAAGACUAAGAAGAAGACAACAAGGGACAGUUCUCCAUCUGCAACCACCAAAGAAAAGAAGUCUAAAUCUAAAGAGGACAAAGAUUCUGAUGGAAAAGAAAAAAAGUCCAAGUCAAAGGAGAAGGACAAGAAGAAAGAACCAGCCUCCAUGUUCCAGAUAAAUGGAGAAAAAGACUCAAAAAGCAAGAAGAAAGCUGCCAAAUCAGACAGUGAUGACAGUGAAGAGGAGACAAAGUCGACCAAAUCAAAGAAGAAAUCCACCUCCGGCUCAGCAUCCAUGUUCCAAACAUCAGGAGACAAGGACAAGAAGACAAAAAAGAAAGCAAAGGCAGAAGAGAGUGAUGACUCUGACUCUGAGAAAGAAGAAAAAUCAAAGAAGAAAAAGGGCAAAGGAAAGAAGAAAAAAGAGAGAUCUCCAUCACCUCAGAUUGAGUUUGACGACUUGGAGAAUUUUGUGAUGUCGCCGGCUCCACAGGGCGUGACUGUUAAAUGCAGAGUGACUCGAGACCAGAGAGGGAUGGACAAGAGCCUCUACCCUCUGUAUUACCUUCACCUCGACAACGAAAAGAAGACAUUCCUGUUGGCUGGGAGGAAAAGAAAGAAAUGCACAACUUCAAAUUACCUCAUCUCCAUUGAUGCCACAGAUUUGUCGAGAGGUGGAGAGAAUUUUGUUGGAAAGCUGAGGUCCAAUUUAAUGGGGACUAAGUUCACUGUGUUUGACAACGCUCUGAAUCCAGAGAGAGCUCUUCCUGACAUGUCUAAUGCACGGCAGGAGCUAGCAGGCAUCAUUUAUGAAACAAAUGUCCUAGGGAUGAAAGGACCCAGAAGGAUGACAGUUGUCAUUCCAGGAAUGGACAAGGACAACGAUCGGGUAGCUUUCCGACCAAGAAAUGAAUGUGACGGCUUGUUGAUAAGGCACCAGAAUAGAAGGAUGGAAAAUCUGAUCGAGCUUCACAACAAGACGCCUGUGUGGAACGAGGAAACAGCGUCUCAUGUGCUCAACUUCAACGGCAGGGUCACUCAGGCCUCCAUUAAGAACUUCCAGAUAGUCCACAGCAAAGACGUGGACUACAUUGUGAUGCAGUUUGGUCGAAUAGCUGAUGACAUUUUCACACUGGACUUCAACUACCCGAUGUGUGCCGUGCAGGCCUUUGCCAUCGCGCUCUCCAGCUUUGAUGGCAAAAUCGCCUGCGAAUAACAGAAAGAUCCUCAGUCGGCUACUCAUACUGAAACCAGUCUGCAACACGCCCACACCCACAUCACAACAACUCUUUGGACUUGCCUUUAACACUUCCUGUGAUAGGCGGCAAUAAUGAAUGAUGGGCCCUUGAUCGUGACAAUACCUGCUUCUCUGGGCGUGUGAUUCCCUCUGGGAGUGAGAAACAAAAUUGGACUCAUUUUAUCAUCUGAUCUUAUCCGGCAGGGCACAGGAGAGUCCUGGUUUUUGUCUCAGUGAUUCAGAAUGUCUGUGAAUCACAGGACACACAUCACUUCUAUGGACUUAAGUGACUGAAAUGUUAAGGGUUUUUUAAGGGGAUGAUGGUACACCUUGACGAUGAAGGAUACCAACAUCAUUAAGAGAUGUAAUACUGUGUUAUAUUUUGGUUUUGCUGUGCUGUAUUGUUUUACUGUGUGUUUAAAAUAAGUCACAAAUGUCUUGUGUCAGAUGUGACUGUGAAAUGCAGUCACACCAAAAAUUAAGUCAUGAUGAGAAUGUCUCAUUUUGUGAGACAAAAUUCAGGUUUUAUUUGAUGGGUUACGCUCUGCUGCACACUGGUAUGCUCACAAAAUAACCGAUAGCUGAAAUGAUCAAGGAAAGUACUUCUAUUUUAAGGUAAACAGGUAUUAAGUCUAAUAACAGCCUGCAUACACAACAGGCUGUCCAUAUUUUAGUGACUUUAAAAAUAAGUUGCGGUUAUAAUGCAUCAUUAGAAUAAGCAAUACAGACGUACAAUAUGUUGGAAUAGAAGUGUCUUCAGUUUUAGUAUGGUGUUAACGUGACGUUUUUCUCAGCCCAUCUCAGAUAUGUAGGUCUGAUUUGAGCUCCUAUAGGAUUUUCUAUCAUGUGUUUCUGGUUCCUACACUUUGUUAAAUUAAUUUAUUUUUCUGAACACUGCCUUUGUUGCAUUUCUAGUGUUUGUAUUAAUCGCAUUAGUCGUGUUAGUGUUUGUGUCUACCUGCUGCAGAGGCACUACAGAUGGAAUUAGCUUGCAGCUGACUCGGUACAUCUCUAAUCCUUGUGUGACAUGAUUGUUUUGUACAUGGUU